UUAGUUCUAGGCGUCGUAACAAUCAUUUCGUCAAAAGUGGCACGCAUCCCUUCCCAAGCGGGCAGAGGAUCGGCCGUGAUUCCGGAGGGCUGCGUCGCCAGUGCUCCUAGUCCACCUUCGGUUGUCGCUGCUCUAAACCCCAACUGAAAAAAUCCACCCCUUUUCUCUUCCUCCCACGUCUGGCGCCUCUCUCUCCACCACCGUAUCCUCUUCUCCCCCCUCCUGCCAUCGCGUUGCAAACCCUCGCAAUCAUGGACGGGAGCGGUACCAGCGAUGGCGGGGACGGCGGCGGGUCGCUCCGGCCGAUGGACGCGGAGCAGCUACGGGAGUGCGGGCACCGGAUGGUGGAUUUCAUCGCCGAUUACUACAAAUCCAUGGAGACAUUUCCCGUCCUCAGCCAAGUCCAGCCAGGAUAUCUGAAGGAACUUCUUCCAGAUUCAGCUCCUAACCGACCUGAUACUUUGGAUGCCCUUUUUGACGAUAUUCGUGAGAAGAUAAUACCUGGAGUAACUCAUUGGCAAAGUCCAAGUUAUUUUGCGUACUAUCCCUCAAAUAGCAGCACUGCUGGAUUCCUGGGGGAGAUGCUUAGUGCUGCCUUUAACAUCGUUGGCUUCAGCUGGAUAACCUCUCCUGCUGCAACUGAGCUAGAGGUUAUAGUCUUAGACUGGUUUGCAAAAAUGCUUAAGCUUCCAAGCCAAUUUCUGUCAGAUGCGCCUGGUGGAGGAGUAAUCCAGGGUACUGCCAGUGAAGCAGUUCUUGUUGUACUAUUGGCUGCACGAGAUAGAACUUUAAAGAAGCAUGGGAAAAAAUCCCUUGAAAAAUUAGUAGUUUAUGCAUCUGAUCAGACACAUUCUGCUCUGCAAAAGGCAUGCCAGGUUGCAGGAAUUUUCCCAGAGAACUUCAGAGUUGUCAAAGCUGACUGUAGUAAGAACUAUGCUGUUGCACCUGAAGCAGUGUCAGAGGCCAUUUCCGUUGACUUGUCAUCUGGUUUGAUACCAUUCUUCAUCUGUGCAACAGUAGGCACAACAUCUUCAUCGGCCGUGGACCCCUUGCCUGAACUAGGAAACAUAGCACAGGGCCAUGACAUGUGGUUCCACAUUGAUGCUGCAUACGCUGGAAGUGCUUGUAUAUGCCCAGAGUAUCGACAUCACCUUGAUGGAGUGGAAAAGGCUGAUUCAUUCAAUAUGAAUGCACACAAAUGGUUCCUCACAAACUUCGACUGUUCUUUGCUAUGGGUUAAAGACAGGAGUUAUCUUGUAGAAGCAUUGUCUACAAAUCCAGAGUUUCUUAAGAAUAAGGCUUCCCAAGCAAAUUCUGUUGUUGAUUUCAAGGAUUGGCAAAUUCCACUUGGUCGUCGUUUUAGGUGGACAGGCUACCGAGGCGCGCGGAGAACCAUAUCAUGAGGAUCAUGUUCUGUAGGGGCAUCGAGCGAUGCAUGAAUAUGUUGGCUGACACGAUGUGGGGUGAAGCAUGGUUGCAGUGGCACAAGUUCGGCUGUGGUCAAACACAUAAGGCGGAUGGCCUGAAUAGUCUGGCGGAUUAACAGGAUGUCGGUUGGAAUAGAAAACGGUGGUGAUAUCGGCGACAAUGACAUAGGAGCAUGAUGUUGAUUGUGGCCGACUUCUGGGCGUGGAAAAAGAGCGCCGGCCCGAGGACUUGUGUGCUUCGACAUGGCGAGUGUGAGGGGUUGGUUCAAACAUCAGAGCUUGGAGUUGACGGUGAUGCAAGGGUGGACUGGUCAUUCACCAUGGCGUCAUGUUGAAGGUGGAGCUGGAGUCUGAGGGAAGACUUCAGUCGGCGCUGAGGAGGGGAUACGACGUAAAUAGACGGAGAGUCAAAGCCUAUUUCAGUGAGAAGCGAGUGACAUAUUAUUCGGGCUGGAGCAUAGUGGUCCAGUCUAAAGGAUGCGUGAACCUCGGCAUCGGUCGGUGAUGAUCGGUGGUUCUCUGCAGUGGGGGUUGAGGUGGUGUGGGCUAGCUACUUGGGAGACUUCGACCGAGACAGCAGAGGCUCCACGCGGUGAUAGUGGCGAGGCGUGCGGCAAGCGCGGGACAUGACGACAUGCCAAGGCAUUGGUAGUCAGACAAAGUGUGCAGAGGGUGUUGAAGCAGCAUUGGCCUUACCAAAUUCAAGUUGGUGACUGAGUCUAUCGGUACCAGGAGAUGGAUGCGAGUUGACCAUGGAGAAUCCAAGAAAGUGGUGGAAAUUAUGAAAUGUCAAAAGCUUGAAGAGCAUAUGGCCGUAUAUUCCGUGGUGUUCAGUGCACAUGACAAAGUGCGGAUGACAAGUACAGAAGGAGGCGGAUUGCUAUAGUUUGGGUAUGUAAAAGACUAUCCAGAAAAGAAGGUGAGACGACUGCGAGGAUGUUGAGUCUUAUAUGUGGUUCAGUAUUUUAGGUGUCCACUUUUAUGCAGAUCUGCAAUUAGUGUGUGAUGGCGUUGAGUGGAUACUCUAAAAGUUGGGAGCGAAAACUGGAGUGAAGAGGAACUUAAUUUCUCUCGAGUGUUGACUGUGGUCAAGAAAAGAAGAGACUAUAGUUGCAGUCACGUGGAGUCUGGGAGUAGUAGCGGUGCUCAUGGGAUAAGCUCUAGUCCAAUGUACAUUGAAGAUUGAUACAUACACGAAAUCAAGGUGGCGAGAAUAUUCGCGAAGGUAGAGUUUGUUGGAGUAUCGAAUAUUUUUUACAACGGUUGGACUCUGAGUCGUAGGGUGUGUAGUCAGAGUAUGGAGUCAUGUCCUUGUAGGACACUUGUAUCAUAGACCUACUAUAUAAUGUAGGGGUAGACACACAAUGUAAUCUAUCUAUACCUAGUAAUAAAGAGGGGAUUGUUUCUGCC